GAACGAUUUGUCUGUGUGUGUCAUCCUGGUACAUGUAAUGAGAGUGGACUGAUAGAUGGGAUACACCGCUUUGACUAUUGUUACACCGUACCUUCUCGGUUCUCGGUUCAAUCCCACUUCUCAGUGGUUCGUGAAUCGUAGGGGAAUAGGUGACAGAGGAGGGAGAUCUGCGAUCGCCAGUUCGAUACAUCGUUAGAAACAUCUGCCGGCACCACUAACAUCCUGGUCAACAUGGCAAUGAAUUGUGACAUCCGAGAUAUUCUGGAGUUGGAUACUGACAAACCUUAUGAACCAGUCACUAAGAAAUCGUUGAUGAAUGACAAAAAAUGCAAGACCAAAAAAGCUGAGCCAACCUUUAAACGACCUGAAGGAAUGCACAGGGAACUAUGGGGCCUGUUGUGGACAGACAACAAAUACAUGAAGGAUACCCCACCAAUUCUACCGACUGAUGUGAACCAGGGCUACAAACAGAUGAAAGCCAAAAUUGGCAGUCAGAAAGUGCGCCCUUGGAAAUGGAUGCCCUUCACUAACCCAGCACGGAAGGACGGCACCAUAUUCCUUCAUUGGCGCCGGGUUGCUGACGAAGCCAAAGACUAUCCCUUUGCCAGGUUCAACAAGACGGUGGAUGUACCAACAUACUCUGAUCUGGAGUACCAACAGCACCUUCACGACGACAGCUGGACGAGGCAUGAGACCGACCACCUGUUUGACCUCUGCCGGAGGUUUGAUCUCCGCUUCAUUGUCAUUCACGACCGGUGGGAUCGCAGUAAAUACCCAAACAGAAGCGUGGAGGACAUCAAGGAACGAUAUUACAACAUAUGCAACACAUUGGUCAAGGUGAGAGCCACCCAAGGCCCAGAACCCAAAAUUUGGGUCUUUGAUGCCAGUCAUGAAAGAAAACGGAAGUUACAGUUGAUCAAGUUGUUUAACCGAACCCCUAAAUUGGUCGAGGAAGAGGAACACCUGAUUGCUGAACUGAAGAAGAUCGAACUUCGUAAGAAGGAACGCGAGAAAAAGACACAGGAUCUGCAGAAGUUAAUAACUGCUGCCGAUAGCAACAUAGACAAUCGCCGUGUGGAGAGAAAGACCACAAAGAAGAAGGUCUAUCAACAGCAGAAGCUCAAGGAAGGCAGCCUCUCCACCGUACGUUCAUUCACUUGA